AUGACUAUAAUGGAGGAGAAGCAGAUCAGUCCAGUGGAAGAGAAGCAACAGAGCUUUAAUCAGACCAAAUCCAUGGAGAAACAACAGAGUUUUCGAUGUGUAGAGAAUCAACCGAGAAAGUCGAGAGCUUUAGAGAAACAAGUGAGUUUCCAAGGCGUGAAUGUAGAGAAUCAUCAGCUAAGCAGACUCGGAAGAUCAAUGGAGAAACAACUGAGUUUUCGAGGUGUGAGUACUGUAGAGAAUAAUACUCAUAGUAAACGUGGAGUUUUGGAGAAACUACCGAGUUUUGGUAAAGCAUCAUCAAUGGAGGAGAAGCAGAAAAGUUUCCGAAGUGGGUUUUUAGAGAAGCAGAAGAGUUUCCGUGUUGUGAUGGAGAGGCAAUUGAGUUUCAUUGGUGAGAGGAGGAAGAAGAAUGAGUCACCUGGGAAAAGAGGAGACUCGCCUCUUCAUAUCGCAGCUCGAACCGGGAACUUAAGCAAAGUUAAAGAGUUGAUUCGUUGCGGUGGAGAAGAGUUGAAAGAGUUGUUGUCAAAGCAGAAUCUUGAAGGAGAGACUCCACUUUAUACAGCAGCAGAGAAUGGGCAUUCAAUUGUUGUUGAGGAAAUGUUGAAGCAUAUGGACCUUGAAAACGGUUCAAUCGCUGCUAGAAACGGGUUUGAUCCAUUCCAUGUCGCAGCGAAACAAGGCCAUCUCGAGGUGUUGAAGAAAUUGUUGGAGACAUUCCCAAAUUUGGCAAUGACAACGGAUUUAUCGUGUACAACUGCUUUACACACGGCUGCAACACAAGGGCACAUUGAUGUGGUGAACCUUCUUUUGGAGACAGACUCUAAUCUAGCUAAGAUAGCUAAGAACAAUGGUAAAACUGCGCUUCACUCUGCAGCACGGAUGGGUCAUGUGGAAGUUGUUAAAUCAUUGAUAGGUAAUGAUCCUAGCAUUGGGUUUAGAACCGAUAAAAAGGGGCAAACCGCUCUUCACAUGGCUGUAAAAGGUCAAAAUGAUGGGAUUGUCAUUGAGUUGGUGAAACCUGAUAUUGCGGUUUUGAGCGUUGAGGAUAAUAAAGGAAAUACGCCAUUGCACAUCGCCACAAACAAAGGCCGUGUUAAGAUUGUGCGGUGUUUGGUAUCUUUUGAAGGCAUUAACCUCAACCCAAUAAACAAAGCUGGAGAUACGCCACUCGAUAUCGCUGAGAAGAUAGGAAACGCGGAGCUUGUGUCUGUUCUGAAGGAAGCAGGAGCUGCUACUGCUAAAGAUCUAGGGAAGCCUCAAAACCCAGCUAAGCAACUGAAGCAAACUGUCAGUGACAUCAAACACGAGGUACAAUCUCAGCUUCAGCAAUCCAGACAAACUGGUGUAAGAGUCCAGAAGAUAGCAAAACGACUCAAGAAGCUUCAUAUUAGCGGUCUAAACAAUGCUAUAAACUCAGCAACCGUCGUGGCUGUGCUUAUUGCCACAGUGGCUUUCGCAGCAAUCUUCACGAUACCCGGUCAAUAUGAAGAGGACCCGUCCAAAGGAUCGUUGCUAGGACAAGCUCAUAUAGCAAACAAAGCACCGUUUCUGGUGUUCUUUGUAUUUGACAGCUUGGCUCUUUUUAUAUCCUUAGCUGUUGUUGUGGUGCAGACUUCAGUUGUUGUGAUUGAGCAGAAGGCGAAGAAGAAGCUUGUGUUUGUGAUCAACAAGCUCAUGUGGUGUGCUUGUUUGUUCAUAUCCAUUGCCUUUGUUUCUCUCUCUUACAUUGUUGUGGGCAAAGAGGAGAGAUGGUUGGCUGUGUGUGCAACGGUUAUUGGCGGCACGAUCAUGCUGACCACGAUCGGUGCCAUGUGCUACUGUGUGGUGAUGCAUAGGAUGGAAGAAUCUAAACUGAGAAGCAUAAGGAAAGAGAGAAGCAAGUCUCAGUCUUUCUCUAUGUCUCGUAUGCCUUCUGAUUCGGAGAUUCUAAAUGGUGAAUACAACAAGAGAAUGUAUGCACUCUGA